CAAACACAACCCAUCAAAAACCAAUUAUCCAAACACAAUUAUUCAAAAAUUUUAACACACAGUUCAUGCAGUACUUUACUACCUCAUAAAUAACACAUACUACGGGCGAACCGCGCCAUCAUGAAUCGUCUGAUGCUGUUCGUACUCUUCACCGGCCUCUUGGCCAGUGUGUCCGCCGGAUUCCUGGACGGGAUUAGCAGCGCUUACGAGAGCGUCGCGGGGAAAGCGGUGGAGACCAAGGACGACGCCAAGAAGGCCAUCGACGACACACAGGAAUCGUUCAAGGAACGCUGGACGCAAGUUCAGCAUCAAGCACAAGACCUCAAAGACCACGCCGUCGACACGGCGGCCCAGAAAACUACGGAGGUGAAGGCUCAGGUCGCCGAUACGGUGGAAGCGGCCGCGGAAGCACUGGAAUCUGCCAAACAGCAUUACGAGAAGAAGAAGGCCGAAGCGGAUCAUAAACGUGAGGAAGAGCAGAAAGCGGAUGCCAAGCAUAAACGGGAGGAAGAGAAAAAGGCCGAAGCGGAGCACAAGCGGGAGGAAGAGAAGAAGAAACAGGGUGAUGUGUUGCAAGCAAAAUUAGAUGCCAUGGGCGACCUUACGGCUAACCAGUUCGAUGAUUUGACCGAGGCUGCUAAGAAGAAGUACGAAGAGCUCAAAGACACGGCGGGCGGGGCUUUCGAUGCUUUGAAAAAGGCCGUCGGAGUCUGAGGCCGUCUGUUAACAAAGGUCACAAACCGGAAAUAUGAUUUUCGCUUCCAGCCAACAGAUUUGGGUUCGAAAGGCAAUGUUAUCCGCGAGAAUUUUCAUUCAAUUUUAUAGUACGUACGUGUAUCAGUGAACGCAGUUAACUGCAAGUGAAUAACAACUGAUGACAGUACUGCAGUUUUACAGAGCGUGUAUCACGGUAUGUAUCAUUCGUCUCGUUACUGUAUUGUCGGGAAAUUUUGCUUUGCCCGUUGCAGUGUUUAGCUUGGCAACCGUCGUACAGCUUUUCUUUCUUUCACGGUUGUUUGAUUAAUGUGGAAAUAAAUAAAUUUGUUG